AGCUGGUCUUUGCCUCUACUUUGUCUUUGCUCGUUUCCAUAGUCUUUCUUUUGUUUAAUACAUCAGAACGCCAGGUAAUUGAGACGAAAACAUCGACAGAAGACUGCAGAGGUAAGGACAUGAACAUGAGACAGGUGCCACAAAUAGUAACUGUGUCAAAGCGUUGAAUUCGUUUAAAGCAUUACUACUGAUUAAGUUAAUCCUGUGCUUCGAUGUAACACACGCUUUGAAGUUGCGGAAUGUGUUUGUAUUGUAAAGCUUCACAUUGACAUUUCGUAAACUUAAACAUAUGAAGAUUUAACAGAGAUGGGCUAAAUGUCUGUGUUGUAGAAGUAAAUGGUUUUUUUUUUUUUUUUUUUUUUUUUUUUUAAAGUGUCUUGACUGAUAAUUUGCUGACCAUCUUCUGUAAAGUCGGACAGGUGCGUGCGCCAUGCGUUUGGCAUUUUGGGUGUGUCGCGUUCAUUGUAGUUCUCAUGGGAAAUGCACACAGUGUAUAUGCAAAAUACCGCUUUGCACUGAUAAUCAGCGGCAGUGAGGCGUAAAGCGCGCACGCCCAUCUGUGAUAAGCGUUUCACGCACCAGCACGCGAGUCCCAAACACACCCAAGGGCGUUGGCAAAGCGGGCUUCCCCAACUUUUCGCCCCCAAUGUUCGUCACUUUCACGAUUUAUUAUGAAUUAAAUACUUUAAAAAUCAAACAGUUCUGAAUUGCUACAAAGGUAGGAAUUUAUAAUAAACUGUUACGAUUUUAUGUUUUGGGUGGGUGGCAAGUAUCCUCAACCUCUAGAAGUCGAACUGAAUAUUUUCAUAUAUGAGGUUGGCAGUUUUUGCAACCCUGUUACCAACAUUUUGGAAACUGGAUUGAACUAACUUGCGUUAACAAACCUCAGUACUCAAAGGGGCGAUAUAGAGGUAUCUUAAAGUGAUAGUGCAACCAAAAAUGAAAAUUCAUGCCAUCCCAAAUGUGUGACUUUCUUUCUUCUGCAGAACACAGAUGAAGAUUUUUAGAAGAAUAUCUCUGCCUUGUAGGUCUAUACAAUGCUAGUGAACGAUGGCCAGAACUUUGAAGCUCCAAAAAUCACAUAAAGGCAGCAUAAAAGCAAUUAAUAAAACUUCAGUGGUUAAAUCCAAGUCUUAAGAGAUGAUGUGAUGUGAUAGGUGUGGUUGUGAAACGGAUCAAUAUUUAAGUCCUUUUUUACUAUAAAUCUGCACUUUCACUUCCACAUUCUUCCUCUUAUAUUUUUGGGGUGAUUUGCAUCCUUUGUGUGAUCAUUAUCUACUUGUCAGGGCUGGUCAAAGAUAGGUGGAGAUUUAUAGUAAAAAAAAAAAUAAAAUAAAAAGGACUUAAAUAUUGAUCUGUUUCUCACCCACACUUAAUAUUUUGCUUCUGAAGAUAUGGAUUUAACCACUGACAUCUUAUGGACUUGCCUUUAAGUGCUUUUUGGAGAUUCAAAGUUCUGGUCACCAUUCACAUUGUGUGUUGUGAGGACCUACAGAGCUGAAAUAUUCUUAAAAUCUUAAUUUGUGUUCUGCUGAAGAAAGAAAGUCAUCCACAUCUGGGAUGGCAUGAGGGUGAGUAAGUGAUUAGAGAAUUUUCAUUUUUGGAUGAACUAUCCCUUUAAAAUAUUUGUGCCAUAAAAUCAAAUGUGUUAUUAUUCAUGAUGGUAAAUUUUACUACUUACCUACUCAGCAAUGUUCUUUUGUUGCUCCGCCAUGUAGUUCAUUUGAAAGAGAAAACUCACCGCAGAAGCAGACAGUUCACACUAAUGUCCGCUUUCAUGGCCCCUUGCAGCAACAUUAAGAAUGCAACGCGUGCUUUACGCAAACUUGUGUUAAAUUAUUGCAAUCACAUUUCGGAGCAAAAUCGCGUUUGUGGCACUUGGAGCGUCUGUUCACGUACUUGCAUAGAGUAUGUUUCGGGCCUUAAACCGGGAUUUAUUUGAUUUCGUUAUAUUCUAGCAAGCAUUAAAUAAAUACAAAUUACAUAAAAAUCAAACUGUUUAAUUGAAAAUAAUAUAGGAUUGCUCAGUUAGCUAGCAUUUUUUUUAAUAAACUAAUAAUUAUAUACUUUUUCUUACAGUAACUUUUCUAUCUUUUCUUGAUGAAACAAUUUUUGAAAAUCUGGAAAAGGAAAUGGGAGUUGCCUACUUGUCUUCCACCAUGUUGCAAAAAAGGGUCCUACAUAUGUUGCUCCAUGUUUUAAUUUUUUAGAUUACUUUUUUUUUUUUUUUGCCUUUAUUUUUAAAGGACAGUUAAGAGAGACAGGAAGUUGAGAGAGAGGGUUGUGGAUCAGAACAUACUAUGAGCUAAUGGCUCUUAAAUGCCAUGAGCAGUACCCACUGCAACACAGUUCUGACACUUUGUUCCUGUUUUUAAUGGCAAGACAUCAUGCUGCUACAGGUUGUGCGCAAAUUGUUGGACAUAGCAAAAUAUUACGGGUUUGGUCGUUAAAAUAUGCAUUGUUACAAUUGUUUUUUACAGUUCAACAGUUAAUGCCAAAAUUAUGAUUUUAAUUCUUGACAAUACAAGUGAGUGAACAGGCCAAAAAUAAAAAGUUUUAGGGCAGUAGGGUACCUAAAUUAGAUGUUUCUAAAACAUGCUACUUUUCAUGUUAUGUUAAUUUUUAAGUUUAAUUUAUCUAACAUUUAAUAGUUCUCUCUCCAAAUAACAUGGGCUUUGUGCCUUUAUUGCUUAAAAUAAUCAGACCACUGAUACUGUGUGUAUAUAUAUAUUAUAGAUCACUCAAUGAGACACCAAUUUGUACCCUGUUUAUGUAAAGUGCCUCUCUACCUUCAUAUAUUUUAACUUGUUUUUCACCAUGAAAAUAGCCAUGGAAGCUGGCAUGGCGUAAGCUAACUAACUAACUAAUUAUAAUAGAGAGUCCAGAGAAGAAAAUCCACAGUUGAUGGAACAUCUGAAAGUAUUCCCUGUACGGCUCUAGCUGAGAUCGCAGAGAGUGUUUUCACAAGCACAAACACAUGGAUUCCCAAGAAGAUCUCAUUGACAGGGACAUUACUCUUAUUGUACAGCUCCCAGGAGGACAGGAGACCACAGCCACAGUGCAUGGCAGUAAACCUGUGAUGGAUGUUCUGGUCACUCUUUGUGCUCAACACCACCUCAUUCCCUCCGAUAAUGUCAUCAAGCUCAUGUCCACUAAUCAAAAUCACAUCAAUUUCAAACCUAACUCCCCAAUUGGCUCUCUCGAGUUUGAGAGGGUUGUCCUUCAAGCAAAAGGAAGUGAUGAUGCUAACAGGAAAAAACCUCAUAUGCCUGUGGCGACAGUUCGUCUCUUGAUAAACUACAAGAAGUCCCAUAAGGCAGUGGUGCGGGUGAAUCCCAGAGUGCCACUGGCCGAACUCAUGCCUGCGGUGUGUGAGAAAUGUGAGUUCGACCCUGAUACAACUGUUUUACUGAGGACAUGCCAGUCAGAGGAACCCCUGGAUCUCACCAAGUCGCUUAAUGACUAUGGAAUGAGGGAGCUAUAUGCCAAAGACACAAAAGUGUCAGGUGGUGAAGAAAAACAAAAAACACCAGGAAAAGAGAAGAACCACAGUGAAAAGGAAAACAAAGGCUUCUUUGCUUUAUUCAAGAAGAGUAAGAAAACACCUGAGCAGGCUGUGACCGUCAGCGCUCCAUCCUCUCCUGAACUGAAUGCGGUCGGAGUGACCUGUCUUAAUGGCCACUCGACCUUAUCUACUGCACCUGCUGACAUGACUAAAAAGAGACGUGCUCCGAAGCCUCCUUUAACAAUGUCGCAGAGUGUCUCCUGUGAACUUCAUACUACAGAAUUCACAAACCUAUCUGAGCACAACACUGCAGGAAAACAGGGUCUGCUCAGUCGGAUCUCUUCCACAGAGUCCUCUCUUAAAAGGACUAAACGGAGAGCCCCGCCCCCUCCAUGUGAUGGCCCCUCCCCAUCCAAUUCAAAUGGCAAAGUAGAGGAAGCUGAAGAGGAGGACAGCAGUUCAGACAAAGACAGAGCUUGCAUAGCUGGCCAUUGCCCUUCAAUGGCUGAAGUUAUGACUGAACUCGCAGAAUCUCUGCAGGCACGCCAACAGAGGGUGCUCUGUUCUGCAAAUUCUUCUACAUCCCAGCAUUGUCCGACAGAAGACCAUUUUCAAGGUCUGAGGAACCCCUCUGAAAGAGACGGCAUGACCACCUUCACUGUGGUCCCUCAGAGGCGUCAACCAACCAGGAAAUGUUUUGAGGUGGCGCUGAUGCUGCAGGCACCAGACACUGCUAAGGCUGAAGAGAAGCUGUGCCCUGGAGCCCCAUUAGACCUGGAGAUCCAUGGCACUGAGCUUGUGGAGGAAGCAGUCCCAAUUGAACCUUUUAGAAAUGGGGACAAUGGUUUCGACAAGAGUGAGCACUUAUCAGGGAUUCUACAGCACUUGGAGAAAGAGAAUCAAGAGUGGACAGACAGCGAGACUGAGAAUUUGGAACCAAAAUUUGAGAAGCAGUCCAUUCAUCUGAGAAACAUUGAGCUAGAGGGUCUAGAAUCAUUUCAAAGGGGCCUCAACAAUCUGGAACUAUUUGGCAGUGCAAUAAAUGAUCUAGAAAUAAGAGCUGCAGAGCUUAAUAAUUCAGAAGUAAGAGAAAGUUUGACAAGUAAUUUGGAACUAGCUGAUAAACGUGAGAGGUCACCAAUCGAUUCAAAUAUAAAGGGAAGCCUUGUGGAGCUAGAUGAGAUACCAGAAUAUGCUCUGGUAGAGACCAGAAAGGAAAGGGACUGGAUGGAGGAAUACAAAGAGAGAAGAAGUAAGUUUCUAGGUGGUGAUAAUGAUGGUAGGAGAAAAUUAGAUUCUUGGGAAAGGUUUGAGAGCAAAUUUAUAAACACAGCAAUGAAGACCAGGAUGCAAGGGAUCAAUAAUAAUUUUCCCCCACUGCCACCACUUAUCUACUGGUAUGAGGAUAACAGUGAGAGCAAAAAUGAAGAGGAAAGGGACAAAGAAAAUGAGAACAAGCAGGAUGAGGACGCAGCUACAAAUAACCAAUCGCAUGAUAAAGAAAUUGAACAAAGGCCAAAAUUGGAUCUGAGUCAUCCUCUUAAUCAACUCAUUGGUGCUGACUUUGAUAGCCAUUUCACCUGCUCUGACUGCAAUGUUAGACUUAACUCGGAGCCCAAAUAUGCUCCUUUCCCACACCUUUCCAAACCAAAGGUCCACUCUACCCAAACUAACCCUGAACCAAACUCUCCUGGUGUGGAAUGCAAAUUCAGCUCUACUUCAGAAUCUUACAGAACUUCCUGUUUAUUGCCUCAACACAGUCCUGGCUGUACGUCAAAAGCACAUUCUACCUUUGACCCUUGCCCUCCAGAAACAGUGUCUCCUUUUGCUUUGGCUGUAUUUCAGAAGGCUAAGCAUUUCAGACCAGGGCUGGAUUCCCAACGCUCCAGGAAACAGGAACUGCCCAUGCACACAAAAUGUGUUCUGCUGAAGAAAGAAAGUCAUACACACCUUGGAUAUCAUGAGGGUAGUUGAUGACCAGUCUGAUUGUUGGAGAGUUCCUUUGGCCUGAAUCAGGAAGGAAGUUUGGACAGCAUUUAACCAACUCUCACAUGAACAGCCAAAUACACUUUGGGUGAAAUUUCUGAUGACAGAUUUAGUUUUUUAGUUGAUUUUUUUUUUUUCUUCUUCCCAAACAUACAUUUGUCCUGAGAGAUUUGCCAGGAGGUAUAUGCUAUUUUUUUUCUAAAGAGUGAUUGUUUUAAAAAAAAAAAUAUUUUGGACAUGAAUAAACACAAUUUGUUCGUAAA